GUUAAGAGAGCGACGUUGCAUACGGCAGUUGGUAAUACUGUAAUUGCUGGAAGUGUUGCAGGAGGACUGGCUUUGGUACCGUAACUUAACACAAUUGUUAGCGGGAUCGCGACAUUUACUUGCGUUUGCAGUUACCACUUACCAGUACCUCUUCUUCACGUAAAGCCUCCCCCUUACCUCAUUCCGAGCAUCACGAGACGUAGGAGCUACAAUUAUAAAUAGCUUCAAGUUUAUGCAUUGUCUUGCUAAUUCUUGAAACGGUUAAGAUCCCACUAAUCUCUUAGUUACAUCCACAAAGAAGCAACCUAACUACACAUCAAUGGCUCCACGAAUAUGGCAGUUGUGGUUGCCACCAGAUAUCGCUCACGGCGCUUUGACCGACGAACCACGCCGUUUCGCAGCCCUAGCAAGAUGCGUGUGUGCCGAGGUCGAUGGCGCUUUGCGCGACGAGGCGGACCCCAACCGCUGGCAUCGGCUUGUCAAGUGGCUAACGUACAUCAAUACCUUCACCAAUCUCCACCCCAUGGAGUACGACAAGAGCGAUGUCCGGGUUGGAUCCGAGAACCAGGCCUUAUACGACAUCCCACCCACUACCACCUCCGGCGUCCCUACUGUGAUGGAAGCUACUGCCACCACUACGAGUGCUGCUACAGCCGUCACUGCUGCUGACGUGGCUGCUGACGCGGCGGCGCUAGCGGGGGCCUUAUGGCGGGCGGUGGAGGAGUCGGAGGGGGAUGUGGAGGUGCAG